UACUAUCACUUUGGCAAAAAGUCCCCACAGUAAACCAAUUUUAUUUCCCAUAGCGAAGUAAAAAAUGAAUUAUUGAGAUGAAGGCAACGUUCCAUUGAGAUUAAGUUCAAAUUGGCAGGACAGGAUCACAAGUGGAGCUCGACACGACAGGCGUGAGCCCGCCCACCGAUUGAUCGGCUCCGCCUUUACAGCGCAGUUCCGCCAUCACCAUUGGACGAAAUUCAGUCCACGUGAUGGGCUAUGGGCCUGCUGAAGGAGCAAGAAACGAAAACAAGGACCGAGUACUGUAUCCACGGACUCAAACUCUAACAAUCGUUUUCUAUUUCUCGAAGCGCGGGAACGAGCAGCAAAAUCUGCACGAAGCAUCGGUGCAACCUGCAGGGAUACGCGUCCUGCAGCAAAAAGACAUCGCCAUACGCAGCAGCGUAUUUUUUCAUCGUUUUGCUGCGAACUGUCGAUGUCGUGAGUGUACUUUGCAGUGUGUGAUAUGAUAGAUUGGCACUGUGGUAACUGACUGUGAUGGUUUAGUUUGUGAACACACUGUGAUGGUGGUUUAUUGUGACAUUAGUUGCAGACGACAAAGGAAUUUUAUUACUAACCCAUGAGAUUAAACCAAGAAACAGGCGUCGUCACACUAAUGCCUACAGUGGGGCAACUCGAGGAAGACGUCGACUUCGUACCGGUCAAAACGCGUUCGAAUACUCCUGACGGCGCUUCUGGGGGGCCCUACUGGAUGCCCCCCAGUGGCUCCAAUGUGGGUGCCACUACUCGUCACCCCAUGGAUGGUUGUGGCGAAACGGGAUUCAUUAACAGUCAACCAUCAAUGGCGGAGUUCAUGACCGCUUUGCCCCAUCUGUCCGGCGAAAUAGCGCCCCAUGGAGCUCCUUUGAGCCCCCAGCACACGCCGCCGGGAGGAUAUUCUAUGGACGUACCCCAUGGGCUUGGAUCUCCUGGCGUAAAUGUCCCCGAAUAUCCUUGGAUGAAGGAAAAGAAAACCACCAGGAAAAAUAGCCAACAAGAAAAUGGGCUUCCCCGGAGGCUUCGAACGGCGUAUACCAACACACAACUUUUAGAACUAGAGAAAGAAUUUCACUUCAACAAAUACCUAUGUAGGCCGAGACGAAUAGAGAUAGCAGCAUCUUUAGACCUCACUGAAAGACAGGUGAAAGUAUGGUUUCAAAAUCGUCGAAUGAAACACAAACGGCAAACUCUGGGCAAACAGGGUGAAGAUGGAGACGACAAAGACUCGGUAACGAGCGAAGGGGGCAAAAGUGCAAAACUAUCCGAUAAAUACUUAGACGAUGAAAUGUCGAAGAAGAGCUGCCAAGGGUGUGAAAUGCCUCCGGCAGGAUUAUGUGUUCCCCAAGAAGAAGCUCCUGACAUAGUAUCAUCUAGAGGAAACAACAAUAAUACCCCCAGCGCUACGAAUAAUAAUACCGGAGCGUUUAGUAGUGGUAAUUCUACUGGCGCCAGCAGUAUUGGCAGUGCUGGUUCCUUCGAUAAACUAUUGGAGGAGGACUCUCGAUCUAACGAAGAUUGUGGGGGCCCAGGCGGGACGGGCGCUAGUUCAAUAUCCAAAAAGAGUGGAACACCCAGUACGCCACUGCCCAGCAUAAAGGUAGAAAACAGAAAAUCCUCUCCAAUCUCUUGUGAUAGAAAAGUCGGUUUAAGUAAAGUGUCUCCGAGCAGUGGCUCCCAUAAAGACACUUUGAAUCAAAUAGAUAGUAACACUAGCGGACCUCCUGCAAUAACUUCAAAACUAUCACCCAAGAAUCCACCCAUGGUCCAUGCUAAUACUACAAGCGUGCAACUUCCGUCGCCUUUAGUUUCAGGAAUCCCACCGAAUAUGAUGUACACAUCGCACUUGCAACGGUCUUCUCCGACCACGGCCACCGCUAUAGCAUCCGCAACCAUAACCAUUCAAAAUAUGCCGCCUAAUUCGAUACCUCCUUUUGCGACCAGAGGAGCCACGGGCCAUUUUGGAGCUCACCACUAUCCAGUUAAUAAUGCUCCGCAUGUGGACUACUCCAAGAACAAAAGCAGCUAUGGAAUGGCACAACAGAUUUAUAAUGAUGGCAUGUACAACCCGGACCAUCCAACAGUAACGGACAAUCCGCCUUACAACAGAAGUCAGGCUCAUGCGGGCAGUAUGUCGAGGUCAAGUCGGACCAUGCGGGGACAAAAUUUCCAUCAGAACUACGCACAACAGCACGCCGCCUAUAAUUAUGGAUACAGUAAAAACAUUGGUUCAGAAAACUACCCUGUGGCAGCAGGACAAGUUAACUAUAGCCAAAGUUAUCCCCAUUCCGAGCAUGGUUCAUAUCAUUAUCCAUACACUGGCAACAACAUGUACAAUGCCGAGGGAGCGGAGAAUCUGCAAUCGCACAUGCCAUCCGCAGUACAAGAUGGCAAUUACUACGGUAACGCCGCGCAUAUGCAGAAAGACUAUCAACAGCAAAAUAAGAUGGGAUACUAUGAACCGGCCUAUCCUACCACCCAGAUACCUCCGAAUGGUGAAUCCUCCUACGCAAUGACUCCAGACAUAUUUCCUGGAUCAACUACCAAUCCAGCAGGCGUAAUGACUCCUCCAGCUAGCGUCCAGACCACCGACAACGGUGACAACUUUAAUAACUUUCAUCAGUUUUACACUGGAGAGACGGCGUCCACUGGAGGAAAUCAGCAAGUCGCCCCACCAGAGAAUAGCAAUGGAUCUUCAGAGUUUAAUUUUCUUAGUAACUUAGCUAACGACUAUAUACCCGAGUAUUAUCAAAUCUGAUGGUCCAAUGCCAGUGAAUUCUCAGAGUUUGUUUGUUAAAAUUGUUUAAUAUAUAUUAGUCUGCACCUUGAUUUUGCAAGUCAUGAUUUUAUGUAUAGACAAGGCAGUCAUCGUUUUUCAUCCACAAAAAUCCUCAUCAUUAAUUUCCUAGUAAUGGCAGUUACAUAAACUAUAGUUUUGAAUGAAUGUCGCGUUCGAUACAGCGACGACUAAGAAGUGGCAAUAUUGUAAAUUGUGUAUAUUAGUUGUUAAUAUUAUAACGUGAAACCUAGACUGUAAAAAUUGGUAUUAGACAAUCCGAAAAUAUCUGUUAAUAUGUAAAUAUCACAAUCAAUGUUUAACAAUCAAUUAAAUCUAUGUAACGGCUCGAAGACAAACUUUUUUGUGCAGAUUUCAAAAUGUUUUUUGUCCGUUGAAAUAAUACUGAAAACUAGCACCAACAUGUUUACAAAAUUAUAACUAUUUGCGAGUUGGAAAACGAACUAUUGCAACAGUUGAGACUUUAAGUUGACUUAAAAACCGUUAUCUCGUUAAUAUGAAAAUUGCAGGAAUUAACAUAAAGUAACAUAUCUAAAAAGUUUCCCUCUUAAAAUGUUUAUAAAUUUGAGACUAACUUCUAAUACGUAAAUGUCCAUCGCAACACCGCGUUUUGCAAAUGUAUACUAGGGCGAUCUAAAAUUAUUGUUUUUAAAUUUGUUCAAAUGUAAAUAUUUAAGUUUGAAAUCAAUGUACAGCAUUAUUAACUUUUAACGCAUUAAUUCACAGUUAGCAUUUUAAUUGACAUAAAUAUACAACAUUAACUUUU